AAUAUCAAUAAUUCAUGUUAUUUUCGUCUGGGUUAUUUUAAAUGUAGAAAAAAGAAACAAUUUAUUUAAACAUUUAUUAAUUCAAGCACAUAUAUAAUUUAUCUGAUACUACUAUCACAAUGGCUUCUCCUUUAGAACAAUUUGUCAACAAUGUGAGGACAAUGUCGGCAUCAGGUAAUUUUCGCGAUUUAUAUGAGAUUAUUGCAAAAUCAGAUGAAGUGUUGCAGAGGAAUAGCUUCCACCUCAAUACAGUACUUGAAACUCUUGAUAUCCAACAGCAUUCAUUAGGUGUUUUAGCAGUCCUGGUGGCCAAAUUUUCCUUGCCUCCGGGCAAUCCAGAAGUUGAUAGGUCAACUAUGUAUCAACAAUUUCAUGAUUUUAUCAAUAACUGCAAUGGUGAACAAGUUCGAUUUGCAACUGAUUUAUAUGCAGAUUUGUGUCAUCUACUCACAAAUCAUUUGGUAGAAAUCAAACAACCAAUAAGGGGCCUGGAAAUAUUAAAAAAGGCUAUAAGAAAGAUACAAUUGUUUGAUUCACAGCUGACCUCAAUUCAUGCUGAUCUUUGCCAGCUCUGUUUGCUCUCAAAAUGUAUGAAGCCAGCUCUUGAGUUUUUGGACACUGACGUCACUGGGAUUGGCAAUGAGCUUGGCGGUAUUAAUGAUUCCAAACAUUUUCUACUAUAUUAUUACUAUGGGGGCAUGAUUUAUACGGCAAUGAAAAACUAUGAUAGAGCUUUGUAUUUCUUUGAAGUUGUAGUGACUGUUCCGGCAAUGGUUGUAUCCCACAUCAUGUUGGAAGCAUACAAGAAAUAUAUUUUAGUGUCUCUUAUACUUCAUGGAAAGGUUUUGCCAAUGCCGAAAUACACAUCUCAAGUGGUUUGUCGGUUUUUGAAACCGUUGUCAGCGCCAUAUCAUGAUUUAGUGGCAUCCCAACAUGCUGCAAGCAAACACCGCGAGAUAUUUGUCAGAGACAAGAAUAUGGGACUAGUUAAUCAGGUUUUAAAUUCAAUGUAUAAGAAGAAUAUUCAGAGAUUGACAAAAACAUUUUUAACGCUUUCGUUGAGCGAUGUCGCUUCUCGCGUGGAAUUAUCUGGGCCUCUUCAAGCGGAAACAUACAUACUUAAUAUGAUUGAAGAAGGCGAAAUAUAUGCAAUGAUUAACCAAAAAGAUGGUAUGGUGGUGUUUCUAGAUAGUCCAGAAAAAUAUGCAUCACCGGAAACAUUGUGUGUCUUAGAACAGCAAAUGGCUGCUUGUACUAAACUUCACCAGUACAUACAGGAAAUGGAUGUUCAGAUACAAGUCAAUCCACAGUAUGUGAAGAAAUCAGUUGGAAGUCACGAUGAAGAUAUGCCCGGCACAAGUCAAAAUACGAAGACAACAUACACAAUGUAAUAUAAGUUAUUUGUUGUAUGCUAAGAAUAAAAGUUUUCUGUAUUAACAA